CCGCUGUAAAGCAGGAAGUGGUGGCAAAAGCGUCAGCCAUGAGACCGCCGCUUUUACUCCGCUCCUCAGGCUACGUCUUCCGGGCAUUUGUGGACUCAUUUCCCCAUUUUGGACAGAAGCUCCUCUGCCGUGCCGCCUCCGUGCCACAUUUGUACACGUUGAGAAAAAUUAUGCACUAUCAAACAGAGGAGAGAGGAAGCCCAAACACCCCAGAGUACCGGAUUUAUUUUAAAAAUUCAGAUGGCAACUACAUUUCUCCUUUCCAUGAUAUUCCCCUUAUAGCUCAGGAAGAACAGUGCAAUGGUUUGCCAGCCAAGAAGGCCAAGAAGAACGGGAGUGAGGCGCUCUUCAACAUGGUGGUGGAGGUACCCCGCUGGACCAACGCUAAGAUGGAGAUUGCGACAAAGGAACCACUGAACCCCAUUAAGCAAGAUGUAAAGAAAGGCAAACUCCGAUAUGUUGCCAACAUAUUUCCACAUAAAGGCUAUAUUUGGAACUACGGCGCCAUCCCGCAGACGUGGGAGGACCCUAACCACAUGGACUCGGAAACAAAAUGCUGCGGCGAUAAUGACCCAAUUGACAUUUGUGACAUUGGCAUGCAGGUGUGCUCUCCCGGUCAGGUGAUUCAAGUGAAGGUGCUUGGGAUCUUGGCUAUGAUCGACGAGGGCGAAAUGGACUGGAAGGUCAUCGCUAUCAAUGCGGCCGACCCUGAGGCCAAUAGCCUAAAUGAUAUAGAUGAUGUCCGCAAGAGCCGGCCUGGUCAUUUAGAGGCCACCGUCGACUGGUUCAGGAAAUAUAAGGUUCCGGAUGGGAAGCCUGAAAACCAGUUUGGAUUCAACGCUCAGUUUCAAGAUAAGGACUUUGCUGUGGAGAUUAUCAAAUCCACACAUGAGCACUGGAAGGCACUAGUGCAGAAAUCGACAAACAGUAGUGGGAUUGAAUGUAAAAAUGUAUCAUGCUCUGACAGUCCCUUCAAUUGCAGCGCAAAAGAGGCUAAAGACGUGAUUCAGUCGGCGCCUGUGUUUGGUUGUGCGCACAGUGUUUCGCCAGAAGUGGACAAGUGGCAUUUUGUCUGAGUGAUCGGGAAACUGAAAAGACGGACGCAAACUGUCAUUUUGGUAUCGAUGGCGCCUUACUGUUUUUUUUAGCAGUAUCAAUAAUGACCGGUAAGAAUCUAUCAUCACCUCUUUCGAAUGCCAUGUUUGCUGUCCAGUCAGGCUAAGUAGAUUAUUUUUUUUAAACAUUAUAACCUAGCAUAAUGUUAAUUGCUAUCAAUAUGAACUUCUGUGUCCAAUCACAAAUGAAAUAUCAUGUUUUGAUCACCGUCAUGUCAUUUGCUUUUAUUUUAAUCGUGCGUUAGUAAUCACAGAGAUAACAGUCUUUUUCGUUGAGGUAGUUAGUUGGAUAUGUUACUGUACAUUUUUAUGUUUUCUUGACACAUCAAAGAUUUGCGCCAUCUGCACCAAACGUGUGAAUAAAUCCAACGAAUGAUGUGGAUGUAACCAUGAAAGGAGCAUACACAAACAUUUGAAACUAGGGAUGUAUUUAGAAUGGUAAAACUGUUUUUUUUUUUUUUACUACAAGUCAAGUCAGCUUUAAAUAAAUAUAGAUUUAUUAGAGGGAAAAAAACCACCCACACCUUGGCAAUAUCAGCAAUGAUAUAAUAACAGCUUUGAAAUAAACUGCAUUCAGUACAUUACAAUACUUAGUUUCAUACCUAUUUUUAAUCCAAUUUUAUGGAGCAUACCAAUUUUCAGAACAAGAGAAGCCUUGAGAAAUAAAACAGGAAAUAAGUUUUAGUGUCCGCCUGCAAAAGAAGAAAAAAAAAAAAAAAAGAACUUCGAGUUGUUUGAGUACGUGCAGUACUCUGGUUAUACCCGGAAAGUCAUUCAAGCCUUGCUGACUCAGCUUCAAGUAUGGCUCUGCAUUUUUUUUUUUUUUCCACCUGCUAAAUCUCUUAAAUCACCUCACCACAACCUGCUACUGUUGCUGGGCUCUGUACAAUGAACACAUCACUGGAUUUCUACAAACUCAAAAAUAUAAAUUUAAAUAUUUGUCUCGCUAACAGUAAACAUUACGAUGAGAUUGAGUGUACUCCUUAAGAGACCUGUGAAAUUGAUUCUUUGUAAUUCGAUCAUUUGUGGGUCAGUUUGCCUCGAAGAACCAAUUUUCACUUCAAGUUCUAAAAAAACAAAAAAAUCAUUCUUGAUAUUCUCUGUACAAUGUGACAAAUCCAUUUACACCCUGUUUUAAAUAAAACCUUUUGUACUUUA